AUGGCAAGACUGUUGUUCCUUUUCCUCCCAGGUCUUGUGGCCGUAUGUGCCGUGCAUGGAAUAUUUAUGGACAGACUUGCCUCCAAGAAGCUGUGUGCAGAUGAUGAGUGUGUCUAUACUAUUUCUCUGGCCAGAGCUCAAGAAGAUUACAAUGCUCCAGACUGUAGAUUCAUUAACGUUAAAAAAGGGCAGCGGAUCUAUGUUUACUCAAAGCUGGUAAAAGAAAAUGAAGCUGGAGAAUUCUGGGCUGGCAGCGUCUAUGCCAAUCAGUCUGAGGAUGAAAUGGGAACCGUGGGUUAUUUUCCCAGCAACUUGGUCCAGGAACAACAUGUGUACCAAGAAGCCACCAAGGAAGUUCCUACCACGGAUAUUGACUUCUUCUGCGAGUAA